UUAUUGUAAAAUUCACCGUUUUACUUGCAGAAACGGCUGUUUUGUAUACAAACUGUCCCGGUCCCAGUUUCUACUUCCCAAAACUGCAAAACAACUGGUUGGGUUCCUUGUAUGGCUUCUUCCUCAGUUGGUAGAAGAGCUACAUAUUCUACAAAAUCUGUAUCAACAAAUGAGCCAGUUGUUUCUGUUGAUUGGCUUUAUGAUAACCUGAAGAUGCCAGAUAUCAAGGUACUGGAUGCUUCAUGGUACAUGCCAGAUGAGCAGAGGAAUCCAAUUCAAGAAUAUCAGGUUGCUCAUAUUCCGGGUGCCCUUUUCUUUGACGUAGAUGGAAUAGCAGAUCGUACUACAAAGUUACCACACAUGCUGCCAUCUGAGGAAGCUUUUGCUGCUGCUGUUUCUGCCCUUGGCAUAGAGAACAAAGAUGACUUGGUUGUUUAUGAUGGAAAAGGGUUAUUUAGUGCAGCCCGUGUUUGGUGGAUGUUCCGAGUAUUUGGGCAUGACAGAGUUUGGGUGUUAGAUGGUGGCCUGCCAAGAUGGCGUGCAUCAGGUUAUGAUGUUGAAUCUAGUGCUUCAAGUGAUGCUAUUCUUAAAGCCAGUGCUGCAAGUGAGGCUAUCGAGAAAGUAUAUAAGGGACAAACAGUUGGCCCACUUACAUUCGAGACUAAAUUUCGGCCACAUCUUGUUUGGAACCUUGAUCAGGUAAAGAGAAAUAUAGAGGAGAAAACUCACCAACACAUAGAUGCUCGAUCAAAGCCCAGGUUUGAUGGAGCUGUUCCAGAGCCCCGAAAGGGAAUCAGAAGUGGUCAUGUACCUGGCAGCAAAUGCAUUCCUUUUGGCCAGCUGUUAGAUAGUUCAUAUACCUUGUUACCGGCAAAUGAGCUGAAGAAGCGAUUUGAACAAGAAGGAAUCUCUCUCGAUAGCCCUGCUGUUACUUCAUGUGGAACAGGCGUAACUGCCUGCAUUCUUGCAUUGGGUCUGCAUCGUCUUGAAAAGUUUGAUGUUGCAGUUUAUGAUGGAUCUUGGACUGAAUGGGGAGCUCAAGCUGAUACACCUGUCGACAUUUCAUAAAUUCAAUACUGAUAGAUUUUCAUGCCACCUAAAAGCAUCUGCAAGUGAAGGGGAAAAUGCAAUCGUCAAACAUCUUUGGAUGUCAAAAUUUCUCUGCUACACUGUUUGUUGUGGUUGAAUUGUCAAUGGUUUCCAUGUUUAAUGUUAAAUCCUAUCACGUGGCUUUUGUGAAAAUAAUGAUAGGAUUUUUCAAGAAAGCCUCAGAAGUUGGAGUUUGUUGGGUAUGCUAAAAAUUACAAAUAAAAUAUUCGGAUAACAUCACUUCAAUAAAUUUUUCUUUA